UUCUCUGUGUUUGGAUCGGAACGGGAAAAUAGAGCACCGUUUGCGUGUUAGUUACGAUUGAUAAGGAACGCCUGCGUGAAUACAGAUAGCAGUAUUUAACGUAAACGUGUUUCAUUGUCUGCGAGUUUGGUUCGGGGCUUUCGAAUUGUAUGGUGAUGGCGCCAACGGCGACUGAAAAUCGAUCUCGAAUCCUACACACACACACACAUUAGCAACCCCUCCCUCACCCUGAACAUUCCCCUCCACCGAAACUACAAUUGGCUUAGCAAACAGCUGGUGGGCUGAAAUCUACAAAAUCCAUUCCAGUUUGCGUAUAAAUUUCACUUUUAUUUUUGGUUUAUGUUAGUCGAGGCUCCCGUCACGACAAAACCCCCGUUAGCGUAAGGAAAUUCCCGUUUUAGUUUUAAAGCUCUGUUUACAAUUUCCAGCAAUGCGUUUCGUACGCAGGAACGGUGGUACCUAGCAAGGGAUGAUGGCUUGCGCUUGCGCAGGACUCUGCCCUUAGUUCGUUAGUUGCUUGGUUUAUAUCUGAGAUUAGUCUGUGGCAUAACGGCAGAUUGGAUUCGUGUCUGACAUUGUCACAUUAUUUAACCAUUAUCUACUGAAUACUCUGCCAUGCGUUAGUGAUCGGGUUCAAAGUUCAGACUAGUGUGUUGAAGCAGUGAUGGCUUCCAAUGAACUGUAGGUCACAACGCUACUGCGUUGAUUGUUUCUGACACGUGAAAAUCAUUUCAUCCCGUGGCCCAGCGAUGAACGGGGUGUGGAAUCCUGCCUCAGGAUGGUUCAGUGUUCUGGUCAAUUUGUGUCUCAUUGCCGGGUGUCUAGGGAAUGGAAAUAUCGGAUGUCUGUUCAGCGGCAGUGUAUGCAACGAUCGUUUGGAGUGGUGCUAUGAUGAUUUCGCUUUCGGACGCUGCCUGCAGAUGUACUCGAGCUCCGGAAACGAAGAAAAAUACAGGUAUGACCUGAAGCGCCAUGCUCUACACGUUCUGGAACGGGAAAUGCAACGUCUGUUCACACUGGGAUAUCGAUGGAGUCACACGUACACACAGUGCAUUCUUCAGGGCGUCCUCCACGCCAUCCGAUAUGGAUUGGAUUAUGACCGUGGGCUGUGUAACCAUCUGAUAGACCAGGAUCUGGAGGCAGCGCUGAAAGUCAUUGAGGGAGAUGAACAAUUUAAUCCAUACAGCCUGGCGUACGUGUCGUUUACUCCCAGCGCAUCAAAUCCUCAUCCAGAAUUUGCUGAUGAGGUUUACUUUCCUCCCCAGACGGAAGAAGAUGAAAAAGACCUUGUUAUGGGUCCAGGAACAGUGGAUGUUGCUGAAGUCAAGGAAGGACACCGUCCAACACAAACUCAACAUCGCUUUCCAGAGUCCUUGCUUCUCACAAAAAAAUCUUAUCCUACCAGUAGUGGCCAAAAUAAUCAGCCUUCAUCACCAUUAGGUUCACAGUCCAUACUAAUGGCAUCUCUACUGAAACCAUCAGAUACUAAGGAUGGUGCGUUCAGCCGUCAGUACAAUACUCCAGACAGUUUCAGAGAAGGGUUUGAAACUCGGGAUGUAGAGGAGACUUCAAAUGACCAAAUACUGUCUAAUGAUAAAGAAAUCAUUAAAGUAUUACCAACACAAAGCCAGUUUUCUCACCAUUAUAACACGCCCGACUCUUUUCGUGAAGGUGUUGAGACAGGAGAUGAAGAUGCAUUUAAUCUAACCCCUGACCUGUUUACCAAACAGUACAACACUCCUGAUACAUUCCGUAAAGGAAUUGAAUCGCGGGAUAUUAAUAUGGUUGAAACAGGAAAACAGACUCUCAUGUCACCUGAUGUUACUCUUCAUGACUCGAAUGAUGAUAAUGAAAUACCAGGUGAUAACUCUGGCAUGUUCCUAGGAUUCCAGGAUAGAUGGACCAUACCAGAAGAUGAAAUUUUACCAGAAGAAUUCCUUGACCACACAAGAGAAGAGAGUAAUUCAAGAUUAAGUCCUGAAUUGCAGCAGCGAGUAGGUCUGUAUUACGAUACAGACAGCAGAUUUUAUAGAGUUCCAGCAGUAGACACCAUGUCAAUGGAUAAUGAUCAGAAACACAGAGGAGACUCAGAAGGAAGAGCAUACACAGAGGGAGGCCUUGUUUAUCUGCCAAAACAAAACAGAGAUUCUGGUGUACUGCCAAAUUUUGGUGUCUUGGAACCUGAUGAUCUCCAGGAUGUGCUUGAUGAUGGCUUAGAUGCUCUGCUGGAUGAGUAUGAUACACUGGAUAGAGGAUUCAAACGUAGGGAGCGACUGGAUGUGAAGAAACCUGGACCUUUCUUCAGCACCAACAAUUAUGCCUUCCACCACAGUCCAGCAUCUGAAGAGCACAACAAUAAAGAAACUGGAGGCUUUUCAGGUGAUUUGUCUUCUUCCAUCGAUACAGAAAAGGAUGGCGAUGACAAGAAGACAGACGAAGGCUCAUCUCCUGUGUCAACCAGAGUUGGUAACAGUAAGCUUCCUAACAGCGUUGAAAAUCAAGAGAGUGGGUCGCUUGUCGCCUACCAGAAAGACCUUCGGGUGCUUGAAGCAAUGGAACCCACUUCGGAGUCUGGCCAAUACGGACUAGUUGACACCACUUACGCUUAUGUGGGUUUCAAGGAUGGAAUUCAUACAUGGGACCAGGGUGCUCAUAUAGUGAACGAGGUAGCCGAUCUCUUGGGACUGGAUAGAAGUGCACUCACUCACAUUAGAGUUGACAGAAAUGAGGUGACCUUCAAAGUUGAACCAAACAGUUUAGGACUAAAUGCAUCAGACGUGGCUAAGAAAAUUGAGGUAAUUAAGGAUGAGCUGAAGAGGAGAGUACACGUGGAAGUGACAGCGGCGGGUGUGGGGGACAAGACGAAGCUCCCAACAGUCCUGAGUUUGAGCCUUGACACGGAACAUAAGCUGUACGUGGCGACCUUCCUGAUUUGUGGUGUGAUAGCCGCAGUGCUGAUCGCAGCCUCUGCCCUCUUCGUGAUUCGUCGCCAUGCCCGCUCCAGAGAGAAAUUGCAGAGCCUUACCGCCCCCGAAACGGAGGCCAGCAGAGAUUACCAGGAACUAUGCCGCGCGAGGAUGGCGACGAAGACCCAGCAGGACAAACCUGAGCCGAUCCACGUAGGACAGAGGAUAGCAAGUCUGUCCAGAGAGUCGGAGGGCUCCAACAACAGCCCUUCCUCCAGAUCCAGCACCUCGUCCUGGAGUGAGGAGCCAGCACUCACUAACAUGGACAUUUCAACUGGUCACAUGGUUCUGUCAUAUAUGGAGGACCACUUGAAGAACAAGGAUCGUCUGGAGCAGGAGUGGGUCGCCCUGUGCGCAUACGAGGCAGAGCCCUGUGCAGCCACAGUAGCUCAGAAGGCAGAAAAUAUGAAGAAAAAUCGUUACCCAGAAGUUCUGCCAUUUGACCAUGCUCGAGUGGUACUCAAUGAUCUUGCUAACAUGUCAGGUUCUGACUACAUCAAUGCAUCCACAAUUACAGAUCAUGACCCACGUAAUCCGGCCUACAUUGCAACUCAAGGUCCUCUGCCCCACACUGCUCCUGACUUCUGGCAGAUGGUGUGGGAGCAGGGUAGUGUAGUGAUGGUGAUGCUCACACGCCUCACUGAGAAUGGGACAGCUAUGUGUCACCACUACUGGCCUGAGGAGGGAUCCGAACUGUACCACAUUUAUGAGGUACAUCUUGUAAGUGAACACAUCUGGUGUGAUGACUAUCUGGUGCGCAGUUUCUACCUGAAGAACCUGAAGACGGGCGAAACUCGCACAGUGACACAGUUUCACUUCCUGUCCUGGCCUGAUUCUGGUGUGCCUCUCUCCACCAAGGCUCUGCUUGAGUUUCGCAGGAAGGUGAACAAGUCUUAUCGUGGUCGCUCCUGCCCCAUCAUCGUCCACUGCAGUGAUGGGGUAGGUCGCACAGGCACAUACUGUCUUAUUGACAUGGUCCUCAACCGCAUGGCUAAAGGUGCUAAAGAGAUUGACAUAGCCGCAACAUUGGAACACAUCCGUGACCAGCGUCCUCACAUGGUAAAGACAAAGCAGCAGUUUGAAUUUGUAUUGAUGGCAGUCGCAGAUGAAGUACAUGCUAUUCUGAAGGCUCUGCCUUCACAGCAACAGCAGCCCUCUGUAUCAGCAGCUUCUGUACCCACAGCCACUUCAUCCCAGCAGCAACAGUAACUUGAUAGCAUGCAGGUAUGAUAUGCUAUAACCAUGGCCAUCCAGUGGCUCAUAGAGGAAAUUAUUUGAGGUGCUUAUGUCCUAUCCAUAUUUCACUCAGUCAGCUCCUUAAUUCCACUCAUGUUAUGAUUUAAAUUCUGGUUGUUUAGCUUCUAGUUUUGGAAUUAUUUUAUUACUGUGCCAUAACAUAACUGGCAUAAACUCCAUAUGUCAGAAGGGAGGUGGGACAUUAGGAAUUUUUGGGUGUGCCUGUUAAUUUAUAGUUUUAAGCCUAUAUUUAUUUAACUUAAAAUAAUAUUUACUUUAAUGUUUAUCUUUAUUUUCUGACUACUACAUAAUAUCAAAAGCUAUGUUUAAAGUAUGUGAUGUUUGUCUUUAAUAUAGUAGAAUAUUAAAAUAUUGAAGUAAGUUUCUUUCCUGCUUUCCCCAUGGCUCUACAGUUUUUGGAGAACCUAGACCAUUUUAGGGGAGGUCAGACAAAGUUUAACAAACUAAAACAUAUUUGAAAGGUUAGUUAAAAUUAAUUUGAAGUUUAUAAUUUGGUAUGGUUCCAUUUUCCAUGCUAAAUUUUAUUUUGACCUGCAUACACUAGUUCUUCAUACCAUAACAGAUUGGCAGGUUUGGAAUGUUUGUGUACAGACUUGCAGUAGGAUUUUUAUGAAUAUUUUCUUGUAACGGAUAUAUUUUCCUACAUUUUUCCAAAUGCAUGGUCAAAGACCAUCAUAAUUGUUCCUUGUCACAUAUUAAAUUUAUUUCUUUGUUACAUGUAGCUAGGUAGUGAUCAAUAACAGGGGGAUACUGGUAUUGGUUGAUACACUACUGGUUACUCCAUAUCAUAAACAAGGCUGCCUUGAUCUACAUAUGUGCAUACUUUUAUAUAAUAACACUCUUUUUAAGUUCUUUAUAAAUGAAAUAUCUCAAAUAACUACCUGCAGGACAUAUAAUGAUGUGUUCUCACUUUCCUAGUAUGAAAAAGUAAAUAUCUUUUCUGAUGUACUAAAUUUAUUGUGAGCAAGGAAGCAAGUAUUUGUUGGUCAAAAUGAUAUACAAUAAAUUCUGAAUUGUCAUACACCAUAUGAAAAUACCACUUUGAACUGUUUAUUUUCUUAAUAAAGUUAAUUUGGUCAUAAAGUAAUUAAAAAGUAUUUAAAUAAAAGUGAGAAAUUUUUAAAAUACAUGUGCAUGUAUGGAAAAUUAUCAUUAAUGUGUCCAAAAAGUUAAUUAAAUUAUUUAAUUCAGAAAGUUUUAAAAAAUUAAUAAAAGAUAGAGAAAUUCGUUUUACAGUAAUUAUGCCAUGACAGGGACAAGAACAGAAAAAGUGGAUGAUAUUAUUUUUACAAAUGAAUAAUAGUAGCAACAUGCAGAUGCAAAAUUCAACACAUGGAUCUGCCUAUAAAAGCUCAAUAAUUAAAUAUAAAUUUUCUAUAACUUUUAUACUUGCAUAUGCUGAACACUUGAUAUUAAUUCCUUUGUCAUUACAGUACCUUUUCCUUGCCUUAGGGAUUGACAAAAAAAAUCCCACACUGAAGAAGAUACACCAAAUCCAUUUUCCUGAAUCCUAUACACUAAUUAUAUGUGACAUAAACCUUAAAGAAUUUCCAGACAUCUUGAAUUUCUGGGUGGUUGUGGAAUAGCUGCAUGAUGUCCCUUUUAUUUAAAGUGAAUGCCAAAAUAAUUAUCUUUGGUUAUACUUUAAGAUAGGCAUACCAAUCCAAGUUAGUUACUUUGAAAAUGAGUGAAGAUGAGGAAAUGUGAAAACAUUGACAGUGUUUGGGCAUUUCCUUCUGAUAAGUAGGUAAACAGAUUCACACUAUACCUGUUAUUCAUGGUAGUUUUGUUGCUUCAGUCUAAACAAACCAGGUGCACAAAUUACAAUGUCCGGAAAAUAAAUUGUGGUAUUUAAGUUAAAACAUGCAUAAGUAUCACAAGUUGUUGGGUAUAUCUGUAUGCCCAACUUUUACUUUACCUCAUUUCUACUAUUCAUUAAGUUUUGGCUUUACUAGGGAAGUUUCCAUGUCACAAACACAGUAUUGCUCAGUGUGAAAUUCUCCAAAAUAGUGCACAUGAAUCUUCCAUCCACAGAAUAUGGUGACUACCAAAUGUAAUUUUAUUUUUUACUUUUCUCAACAGCAUCUGUUUAAAUUAAAAAAGGGAAAUGGUUAUUUAUACUAAAGGCCUCCAACAAAUAUUGAGUAAUAUUUCACAGGCUGAAAUUUGAUUUUAAUUCUUAUAAAAAUUCAAAAUCACAUUUGAAAUAUCAUAUCUAGAUUAAAUACAAUGAGUCACAAUGAUUAGGAAAUAAAUGGUACUCUGAACAGUAAAACUUUAUAUGUGUACAGUUGACAAUGAAGUUUUAAAGAAUAAUGUUUGAUAAUAUGACAAAUCAUCUUAACUUAACUUAGAACUGUAUUGUCUUCAAACACCUGCUUCAGAAUUUUUGUAAACUUAAGAAAAACGUUUGACCAUUUUGUGAUUGUUUUCUCCUGGUAACCUCAAGCCAGUCUUUUAUUGUUAGAAAUGGAUAAUCUAUUAAACCUCCAUAAAAUGAUUGUUACAUGUCUCCAGUACACUCCACCAAAUCACAUCUGCAUGGUUUCAUAGUGCAAUUCAAUUAUCACAUAAUUAAGGAAAUUUUGGUGAAAUAUUGUGCUCUUUGACUUUUAAUGAGUCACAGGACUUGAAAUGGUGGAACAAAGUAUGAAUGAAGGCUGUGGUAAAAUGGAAGGAAGUAUACUUUGUCAAAUUAAACUGAUAAAUUAGGUUCAAGUAAAUAUUUCUGCCCAGCAUUCUUGCUGCACAAUGAAGGUAUAUAGUAUAUUAAAUGUAGUGUCACUUGUGGUACUCAGUCCACUCCUUCAUACAGUCUCCAUUUGUAAACAGUUCUAACCUGAAAAAAACAAUUUAUAUAUAUAUAUAUAUGAGCAUUCCUCUUGGAUGAAUUAUGUUUUAUUUCUUGUGUCCUUCUACUUGCCCUGUGCACAGUGUGCACCAGAAAUGCAGCAAGUUCUAAUAGGAAAGCUGCAAAUAUAUCAUAAUAAUGGUAUAUUACUGUUGCUGUAUGACAUUUAAUUUAGAUAUAAAUGUGAUGCUUUAAUUGUGAAUAUGUAGAUAAAUAUAUGUAAUGUUAAUUUAUGUCAUGAUAUAAGAGAACAGUCAUUUACUUUCCAAGGUAAAUAUUAGCAUAGAAAUAACAUAUAUUAUCUUAUAUCUACAUAAAGAGUGACUGUUAUUUAUUAAAAAUAUUUAUAUUUGAACUGUUGCAACAGGUUGGCUUUUGUGUAAGGAAAUUUCUUUGCAGUGAAUUUGAUUUCAGCAGAACAGUAAGUAAAUUUUCAAGGCCAGUACUGUUGAAAUAGUUCUUUAACAGACAUGGUGCAGUAUAGCAUAAAGACUAAUAGUACUAAAUUCUGUGUCUUUUAUGAAAGAUAUUCCCAUUCACAGAGUUGCCAGAAAUAUUUAUUAUAGUGUUUUAUGCAUUCAAAUCGAAAUGUUAUGUUUCAAAUGUGUAUUAUCCCCAGUGUAUUGGGUUUUCCUGCAGUUAAUAUUUGUGUCAGGAAGCUUCAGUCACUUAAGUUCUCACUCAUACCAUUCCAGUAUCAGGGAUGUGUUGUCUUCAUAUUAAUUGUGGAGCACGUAUGGUUCAGUAAGAGGAAGAAGCAUUAGUAAGUAGGUGAACAACCAUACUGUGAGAAAAGUUACAAACAUUAUUGCCCUGUAAAGUGUUUAUUUAUUGGAAAAUGAGUAACACUAAAGUCUACAAACUUUCUAUUGUAAACAGGUUCACUUAUCACUCAAUACUUUUUCCAAAUAAAAUCAUCUAUUAAUGAGAUGUUGACACUGCUUUUGAUUGAUUAAUCUUUCAGUGUCAGUUAUAAUUUCUGUUGUUGAAAUCAUUCAUAAAUGAGGCAAGAAGAAUAAAGGCAUUCUGUACAGCCUACCAUCUGUUAUUAGUCCUAUUCGUUAACACAGUAAUUAUAAAAUAAAUUAAUGAAUAUGUAGUAUUCAUGUUAGGAUGAAAUUUCAUUAGAAAAGCAGAUUUUAAAGAUAAAAGUUUCUAAUAGAAACAUCAGGAUUAAAAUCUGGUGAAAGUGUUCACAUAAAAAUUGCAUUAGGAAAUAAUCUGUUUAUAUCUUCUGAAGAAUUUAAAUUCUUGAAAGUCCUACUCUAUUCCUUCAUCAUAUUCAUUAAUUGCAGUGAUUGUGUGGAGGAACAUAGCACAACAAAUUCAAAUUGGGCACUGAGUGAGUUCUCAGUUUUGGUGAGUUCUCCAAUCUUGCUGGCUUUCAUCCCCAACCUCCUAAACAGGUUCUGUCACAUUAGCUGCUGCAGGAAAAAAAGAAAUACUUUGUUAGCAUCAAAAAAUUAAAAAACCAUGUAUGCCUGGGUGGUGUGCUUUAUUUAUUUAUAAUUUCAUAUCUUUCAUGAAGAUUUGAUGCAAUAUUGGUUCAUAUAUGAAAUCUUCAGUCCUGAUUUGUUACACAAGAUGUGCGGUUAUAAUUAAAGAAAUCAAUCAUAAUUUCCUUCAGCAGAAGGAAGGGAUUUCCUCCAUGAAGAGAGGAUAAUAUUCAUGUAUGUUAAUUAGCAGUACUGUGUAAAAUAAUUAAGCUUGUGUUGUUUCAGUAGGAUUAUGAAGUUCUGUAUUGAAUCAUAUUAAUCAAGUACUUCAAUGCAUCGUCAAACUAAGCAUAAAAUAUGAGCCUACGGCAUGCAGUGUUACAUUAUGUUACUAAACUGUACUUUGUAAACUUGUUGGGAUAGUCUGUUAUUGAUAUUGUUCUGUGACGUGGAUGUAAAUUAUUUUUGGCAUAUUGUCUUGCCAAUCAAAACCAUUUAAUGUUGUUUGCUCGUGCACCAGGGACAGAUUGAUGUGGCAAAAUGGUGGUAAAAGUGUAAUGAAAAUUAGAUGUGUGUACUGUGCAGGACUGUUAAGUGUGUCUGUGGAAGGAAGCAGGGCAAUGAAGGAUGGAAGUGCAAGGGUUUUGACUAGAAGUUGCAUGCUUAUGUGACUACUACCAGACCAAAACACAUUUACUAAUGGAACACAUGACACACAACUCAGUCUUCAAAUAAAUGGUUUUUGAACUGAGAUAACACUGCACAAUACAUACUGCAAACUUCCCUAUUUACUCCUAAUGAUACAUACCUGCUCUCCCCUCCACCUGUAAUACCUAUCAGACCAUUACAGUAGAUCAGUAAUUAUUAAGAAUGCAUAGAGCUGUACCUCUCCUAUACAUCUUUAUUGAAUAGUGGUUAGUUACAGGUACAGUUAUAGCUUUACAUUUUAAGAUUUAACUGCAAAGCUAUGGGUGUAUCGAGUUGACAGUGUCUGUUAUUUGAAAAUAAGUCUUAUGUUACAAUUAUGUAGAGAGCUGUAGGUGUUUGUUACCAAUCCAUUCUUCGCCCAGAUUUCUCACAUUAGCUGUUUAAAUAAAAUACUUACAUUUAAA